ACACACACUUCUGUCCCACCCACUUCUUUCAAAGUUAUCUAGGCUACGCCACUGAGAAAGACCCAUCUCUGAACACUGUGAAGCAAAGCUGACUUCUGUCUUAUUUAUCGGUCAGUUUUAGAAACCAGGAUGUCUCACACUGUCAUACCCAUGAACUCUUCAACACUCGUCAUUCAGCUGCAACCAGCAACACAAACAGCUCCUGGGACCGAGGGAGCUUCACCUCUUCAAGGACUUCAGGCAUUUCUGAAAGGACAACCGAAAGCCCUUGGGACGGUCGAGAUAAUGAUUGGUGUGAUGACUUUCCUGUUAGGCAUUGUGGCUACGGUUUCCGGAUUUUCUAUCUUUGUCUAUACUGGUGUUACUUACUGGGGUUCUCUCAUCUACAUUGCUGCAGGCUCACUCUGCAUUGCUGCAGAAAACAAAAUUAAGUCUCCCCCCAAUUUGUGUUUGGUGAAUGCUUCACUGGGAUUGAACAUUUGCAGUACGAUAUCUGCAGGCAUUGCCAUUGUUGCAAUUUCACUAGAUUUUGUUAUAUUUCCACACCGAUACGGGGAAGAUUAUGAGACUCUCUUCAUGGGAAUCAAAGGUGUAUUGAUGUUAUUCGCCGUGUUCGAGUUUAUCAUCUCCAUCUGUCUGUCAGCAUUUGCCUGUAAAGCCAACACCUACGGUUAUCCUUCUCUGAUACCUGUGGCAAUCAGCUCUUCCAUUCAUCACCAGCCUGCAGACACUCCUCCACAAUACAGUGAAUCCAAAUAGAUAUGAAUACGUGGGCUGUUACCUGUUAUGAGAGAAAAUAUAUGGGAAUGUAUUAGAACAGUGGUUUCCAAACCUGUCCUAGAGGACCCCCUGCCCUGCACCUUUUGUAUGUGUACUUCAUCUAAUCAGUCCCUCCAGAAUUUCGCAGAACUUUUUUCAUAUUUUUGCAGCCUAAAUUUUGCUGCAGCUUUUCUCAAAAUUUGCUUUUUUAAGUUGUUUCCUGUUAGAUGUCAAAUAGACAUUUAUUAGAACGCAUGUAAAACUGCUUCUGAGACGUUUAAUCAGAGUACACAGCAGAUGAUUCCCAAAGCUUUACAGAUGAACAAGUCUUACAGAUGAAAUAAACAUACUUCAUCUGAUAAAAUGUACUUUUAUUACUGUAAUUUAUAAUGUCUAAAUAUAAUUCAAUGAAUACAAAUAUAUAUACAUUUUAGGAAGUGGAAAUGGCCUAUAAGUACUUUUCUGCAGCCAUCUACUAGUGGUAAUUUAAUAUCUUUUUUUUUUUUUUUAAUUAAUUGUUUGCUUUCCUACAUCUUGAAACUUUUAGUUUUAUACAUGUUAAAUCAAU